AUGUCCAUCCCUGUUUUCCAUACAAAUGAUCGAGAUUUACCAGAUUUGGCACUCAAAAAAUGUCCACAAGUAAUUGAAAAUUUCAAACAAACAUACGGAAUUGAACCAGAUUUUGUUUCAAGAUCACCAGGUAGAGUCAACCUAAUUGGUGAGCAUAUCGAUUACACAGAUUUCUCAGUAUUACCACUAGCCAUUGAAAAUGAUAUGUUAUGUGCAGUGAAAAUCUUAGAACGAAAAGAAAAUCCAUCAAUAACUUUAACAAAUUCAGAUAGUAGAUUCGCUCAAAGGAAAUUCGAUCUACCAUUAGAUGGAUCAUACGUGACAAUAGAUCCAUCGAUUUCAGACUGGUCAAACUACUUCAAAUGUGGUCUCCAUGUUGCACAGCAAUUCUUAAAAGGUUUACAUCCUCAACUGUAUCUAAAUAAUCCCUUAAUAGGUUUACAAGUAUUUUGUCAGAGUGAUAUCCCCGUAGGUAGCGGAUUAUCUUCAUCAUCAGCUUUCAUUUGUGCCGUUGCAUUAGCUGUCAUAAGAGCUAACCUAGGCACAACGUACGCAGUAUCUAAAAAGGAUUUAACAAGAAUCACAUGUAUUGCAGAACAUUAUCUCGGUGUAAGUAAUGGUGGAAUGGAUCAAGCAACUUCAGUUUAUGGUCAAGAAGAUCAUGCAUUGUUUGUUGAAUUUAAACCAAAUUUAAAAGCAACUCCAUUCAAGUUCCCUAAAUUACAAAAUCAUGAAAUACAAUUCCUUAUCGCUAAUACUUUGAUAGUGGCAAAUAAAUUCGAUACCGCACCAACUAAUUAUAAUUUAAGAGUCAUUGAAGUUACCACAGCAGCAAACGUUUUGGCAAACAAAUAUGGUGUGGCAUUACCUCAUAUACCUGAUUCCACUAUGGAAAGAGGGAACUUAAGAGAUUUUAUGGAUGCUUAUUACGCUAGAUAUCCAGUCUCACAUGAUAAUGAAUCUAAAGAUGUUAUAAUGAUAGAAAUUGAACGAUUAACAAAAAUGUUGGAAUUAGUAGAAGAAUCAUUAGGUGAAAAGAAAGAGGGAUUUACAGUGGAUGACGUGGCUGAAGCUUUGGAUUGUUCACGUGAAGAAUAUACAAGAGAUUAUCUACUAGUAUUCCCUGUAAGGUUUCAAGUACUUAAACUGUAUAAAAGAGCUAAACAUGUCUUUUCAGAGGCGCAAAGAGUAUUAAAGGCAUUGAAAUUGAUGACAAGUGCUUCACCAAUUGAGAAUGAUGAAGAAUUUUUUCAACAAUUUGGUCAAUUAAUGAAUGAGUCACAAGAAUCUUGUGAUAAGUUGUAUGAAUGUUCUUGUCCUGAAAUUGAUACAAUUUGUUCAACUGCAUUACAAAAUGGGUCUUAUGGCUCUCGUUUGACUGGUGCAGGUUGGGGUGGUUGUACAGUUCAUUUAGUAUCAUCUGGUCCAAAUGGGAAUGUGGAAAAAGUGAAAAAAGCAUUAAUCGAUCAGUAUUAUAAAGUCGUUUGUCCAAAUAUUUCAGAUAAAGAAUUAGAAGAAGUCAUUUUAGUAUCAAAACCUGCCCUCGGUAGUUGUCUCUAUGAGUUGUAA